CGAUCUUAUUUCUUGAUCAAGUAAACCAUGCCAAAGAUCUCGAGAAGCCGAAAGUCGCAGGACACGAGUGUGAGAAAUCGAAAGUUUGCCGUACCACAAAAACAAGUGCUGGAACAAAUCGUGGUUGACCAGGAUCAAAUUACGACCGUCCCAGCCAACGACAAGCCUUUAGUUUCAGACAAAAAGUUGAAGCAAAAGUUGCGUCAUAAAGCAUGGUUGGAGAAACUUGAUAAUGCUUAUACCACACGAAAGAAGCAACAGAAAAGACAGCAGAGAAAAGCCACCAAUGCCGAUCUGCAAACCGACAUGACCGAAUUCGAAGAUAUCCUGAACAGCAUUCACACCAAAAUGACCGAACAAGCCAAACCAACCCCGUCCGAACCCGCAACGCCAACCAACGUAAAACAAGCCGCCAUUCCCUCGGAUAAGAUCAAACACAAGAAGAAUAGAAAGAAGGCUCAAAUGCAGGAAAUUGUACGAAUGCAAAAAGUUAUGCAACACUCGGCAUUCCAGCAGAAUCCAUUGGCGACCAUUCGGCAACACGUUGUCAAUACCUUUGGCUCGACAGCUUAAAAAGCUUAGUCUGCGGACACACAUGAACAAGAAAAGAAAAAAAAAAUCAUCCUGUAUGCAUACAAUUUCCAGAGUUAGCGAUUACUUAAUUGGGUUAUUUGUUUACAUAUCACUUCUUCAUUCAUCAUUUAAAAAAAAAAGUGCAUUUUUCCC